GUUUUCUUCAACAAAAGUACAGUGUUUAUUGAUGAAUAAUGUAUUGGAUCAAUGGUAUAGCUAGCGAAAUAUGUUUAACGUCAACGUUAGUGGCUUGCUUAUCGACAGCAAAGGAGACUAUACAACUCGAGUCAUCGUCAUCAACAACAAACGACAAAGGCAAAAGCCGUGAGCCUUCAUUCUCAUCAUCGGCACAUAUCAUUACUAUGCAACCUUCUUAUCACGCGUCAUUCUUUGUUACUUGUACCCAUAGUGAUAUCCAUUUAUGGUCUAUCAAGCCUACGGUCAUCUUAUCCUUUGUUAAACGAUCCAACAAACAUGUAGAAGAAUUUGGAAAAAACAAAAGUAUCUUAUGGAAGCCGGAUGGAUCCUCGUUUGUGGUACUUACAGAUAGAAAUUACUUGUUGCUCUAUGUGAUAUUAUCUUACGAUCAACAAUCCUUAGAAUUCCAAUUUCCUACGAGUCAUCAUGCGUAUGUGACAGGGCCUGGCGAAGGGAAGGGCGCAAGAACUAUGCUAAUCAAGUUUCGAUUGGCGAUUCGUGUAGAUGCUGGGGUUACUUGUGGCUCAUGUACAGAUGAUACUUUGAUCAUUGGUACUCAGAAACCGGCUGCUAUUCAAUGUAUUUCUUGGAAUCCACAGCAAACAAAUUCAACACAAACCUCAGUACAGCAUCGUCUAGGGAUUUUCUUGGAUCAGGAUGAACAUGUCAAAACGAUGCUUUACGACAAAUUAAUGAACAUAUCUGUCUGGAUCACCAAUGUGGGCCGGGUUUAUCUUAUACAAAACAAAAAUCAACGACGUGGCAGUAAAAGCUCAACUAAGUCUGAGUCUGAUGAUCAUCCGUCUACUUCACCUUCUGCACCGUCCUUUACUGAGCCUAUCCAUUGGUUUGGGCGAUGUUUUCAUGGGGCUUCAACUACUUCGUCGUAUGAUCCUGCUACCUGCAUUGCCAUCAAUGCCAAAUUUUCUCUGAUUGCCGUGGGCACUUCAAGUGGUAGCAUCUAUGUUUAUACUGUACGCAAUUAUACCAGCACGCCACUCCUUUCACAUCAAAUGCGAUUACCUAUGAUGUCAAUGACAGCAACAUCAGCGGCAGCAACGCACACAAAUGGUUAUGGAUCACACGUAAACUCAUCAUCUUCAUUAUUAUCACAAGUUCCUUCAUCGACCUCCAAUCUCCUAGAUUCAUAUCAAGGACGACAACAAAACAAAGAAGAUAUUUCCAGCUUAUAUCACAAUAAAAUUGGAUCAGUUCAAACGAUGGCAUGGUCACUAGAUGGUUACGCCUUAUCAGUUGGAUUUAUGGGUCAUGGUGGUUUGGCUAUGUGGAGCGUAUACGGUGCUUUAUUGUGUUCGAUGGAUGAUAUAGAGGAUUUGAUGGAAACACAAGAUGGAUUAUCCAACACACAAGACUUAUAUGUGAAUCAAAUCAAUUCUAUGUUUUGGGGCCCUGGAAGUCACCAGUUGUUUGUCCUUUCUCAAGAUAAUCAAGAUGAUGAAAUAAGCCGUCUGUAUACAUUACCAUUUGCUAAAUCUGCUUUGACAACAUUUCAUAAUUCAGACAAUGCACGUAGAGGAUUAUUGCAAAUGGAUGACCGAUUAUUAUUAUAUAACAAUGGUGGUGAUUAUCAGGAAAAUAAUACGAAUACUAUUGACCCUGAUGCCGUUGCAUGGACUCAUAUAUUAUAUCCCUCUAUCUAUAUUACUGAACAUUGGCCAAUUCGGUAUGCUUCCAUUAGUCCGGAUGGAAAGUUUAUUGCUAUUGCUGGACGACGUGGUUUGGCUCACUUUAGUACACUGUCCAGUAGAUGGAAGCUAUUUGGUAACCAACAGCAAGAACAGCAGAUAUUGGUUCGUGGUGGUCUGGUUUGGUACAAACAAAUCCUGAUCGCUCCUUGUGAGGUGAUUUCUUCUGGUUACGGAAGUGACAAAACUUAUGAGAUAUACAUGUACUCAAGAGAUCAAAACUUGGAUCAAGCUCAUGCCCUCUUUACUGAACCAUUGGAAGCUAUUCCGAUUUAUAUUACAACCUGUGGCAACUUCUUGUUGGUAUAUACAUUAGAUAAUCAACUUUCCAUUUAUGCAAUUCAUUAUGUGGAAAACAACAUUGGAGCAACUCAUAUUGAUUUGGUACGGCAAAUAUUUUUGACAGGCAUUGUGGCUCGACCUGCCCGUGUACGUGGCAUCAGUCUCUUUCAUGGUGAAUGCGGAGAUCGAAUCCAAUCCAUUGAUGAAGUGGUUCAAUACAAUAUCAUUUUACUUGUCGAUGGAAAUCUCAUGAUGUUAUCUCCAAAAUUUGCAAGUGAUGAUGAUAAUGAUUCAGAUCUGAUAGAGCAACAUGAGAUUCGAAGUAACAGCAGCGGCAUUCACCAUACCACAUACGAUUCUCACGUUCUGAUGGAAAAAGUGGAGUACUAUUGGAUUGGACAGAAAGGUAUUGCAAAUUUAUGGACUUCAAUCUGGGCAGUAGACGGCAAAGGCGUCAAGGUAUUCACAAAUGUAUUACGUGGUGAAGGAUAUGGAUUUUACGCAUUCAACAAGGAUCACAAUAUGACAAUACUGGAAAGUGAACCAUCAACACCUACAACUCCCAUUGGUCCUGGUAGCAAUGGAUAUCAUUAUCGGGAUAUUGGAGCACGACCUUAUUCAUUAGGAUAUAGGAUAGGUGUGGAACCGUCAUCACCUCACUCGCAAUGUUGGAUGGAUAUGGAAGGUGAAUCAAAAUGGCAAACGGAUCUACAUCAAUUAGAAGCCAAUGCUAUAUAUAUUCCCCUUGAUUUUUACCCACAUGCUAUUCUCUUGGAUAAAGGUGUGAUUGUAGGAAUGGAACAAAACAUUAUAUAUAAGAAUACACUUGGAUAUUUGUUAUACAAAUCAACUACGAAGACGCACUUAUUUCUACACCAUUUGAUUCGAUAUUUACUUCAACGCCAAUUAGAAGAAGACGCGGUGGUAUUUGCAAGGGCUUACGAAAGAUUAAUUUAUUUUGGCCAUGCACUGGAAAUCUUGUUACAUACCGUUUUAGAAGAGGAAACUGAAAGACCCCGAUCUUCCGAUAAAGAUGCUAUUUUACCACUCGUGAUUCGGUUUUUGGAUCAGUUCCCUCAUGCUUUGGACGUGAUUGUCAGUUGUGCAAGAAAAACAGAAGUGGCGUUAUGGGAUCAUUUAUUUGCAUCGGUCGGAAAACCUGAAGACUUGUUUGAAUUAUGUUUGACGGAUGGACGAUUAAGAACAGCAACAUCUUAUUUGAUUAUUUUACAAACAAUGCAACCUCAUAAUACAGGUGGAAAGGAUACCAUUCGAUUAUUACAAAAAGCUAUGGAUGUGGAUGAUUAUGAACUGUGCAAAGAAUUGGUUCGAUUUCUUAGUUCUAUUGACCAUACAGGAAAAACGUUGCAUGAAGCACUUGUUGCUCUUCAAACUAGGAUGGUUGAAAAGGCAAAUGGUGGACAUAUUACGGACUCUACUCUUAUACAAGGCAUACAAGAUUUAUAGUUAGUUGGUUAGUUUACUUGGUUAGAUUCAGAACAAAAAGAAAAAUAAAACCGAUAAUCCGUCUUACGCAAUGUGAUCUCCUAA